AUGACAGGUGCUGUAAAGGUUUUGCUCAUGUGCUGUCUAUUUCAAGGUAUCUUGUGCCAACAAUGGGCAGCCUUCAUGCCUCAGACAGUCGAGGGACUAAGUGGAUCCUGUGUGAUGAUCCCCUGCACUUUCACCUUGCUCUCAGGCUGGGAUCAACACCUGGAUGAUUCUUGUAGAGCUAUUUGGAAGAGAGGUUGGAGACGAACGCAGGUGUUUGAUUCCAGCCUCACUGGAGAACUCGCGAGCUCCAAUAUCCUGCAAGGAAACCUAACGGGGAUCUUGCGUGAGAAGGACUGCACCACCAUCUUCAACAACCUGUCACCGGACGAUGAUGAGAGCUAUUACUUCAGACUGCAGUGUGACAACAAUCUGAAGUUCAACUUCAGAACGAAUGUUGCUAUCACCACUCAAAAUUCACUGCCCAAACCCACCAUAACUCCAUCCAGGCUGGAGGUAGAAGAAGGCACUCCAGUGAAGUUGAACUGCACGGCUGUAGCUCCCUGUCCUGUUCUUCCACCAGUUCUGACUUGGACCCCCAGUAUAGGUGACACUGACGAGAACAUGGAAACUAAAUUUGUGACCUCUGUGAUGAACUUCACAGCCUCGUACCUCCACAAUGGACAAAGGUUCUCAUGCACCGCUCUCUACAUCCGACAAGCUGGCAACAGAGACCUUCUGUAUGAAAAGAGCUUGACCCUCCGUGUUCUUUAUCCUCCAAAUAACACAUCAGUUAGCGACCCUGGCCCUGUAAGAGAGGGCAACUCAGUGACUCUGACCUGCAGCGCCAACGCAAAUCCAGCCGUAGACAGCUACACCUGGUACAAAGUGGAUGGAGAUCAGGUGUUAGCAGUAGGUUCGAAGUACAGGCUUUCAACUACAGUCUCAGAAGUGGACAGCAGAUUUUUCUGCAAAGCCAGUAACGGAUAUGGAACCCAGAACUCAUCCAUCACACAGAUAGAUGUACAAUUUCCUCCCAAGGACACCAGAGUAAUUGUUGACCCUAGUGGUCCGAUACUGGAAGGCAGCUUUGUUUCUCUGCUCUGCGAGAGCCGUGCCAACCCACUUGUGACCAACUACACCUGGUACAAAGAUAACGAGGAGGAGACGGAGCUUGGAUCAAGUCUGGUUAUAAACAAUGUCGACCCGAGCCAUAGUGGUGACUACCACUGUACAGCAAAAAGUGAGCUGGGGGAGGAAAUCUCACUGCAGAUUCAGCUGGACAUUCAGUAUCCCCCUAAGAACACCUCAGUGUCUGCUGACCCCUCUGGUCCAGUGCAGGAUGGCAGCUCUGUAACUCUGACCUGCACAAGCAUCGCCAAUCCAGCAGCGAUUAACGUCACCUGGUUCAGAGUGGCUGGAAGAGAGAAAGAAGUGGUGGGCUUUGAGCGAAACUUCACCUUCAAUGUGACCAAACUCUCAGAGGAUCAAUAUUAUUGUGAAGCUCUGAAUGUCCACGGAGCUGAAUACUCAGAGCCUGCCAGCAUUGAUGUCACAUUUGCUCCAGAGAUCUUGCCUUCGUCCCACUGUGUCAAGAUUUUAUCCCUGCUCCGAUGUACCUGCGACAGCCAGGGGAACCCGCCUCCCUCCCUAGUCUGGGAAUUGGCCGGGGAGCCUGUGAAUCACUCUGCUGUCAUCCCAAUCAGGGAAGUUCCCCUGGGAAGCGUGGGCAUGGGGAGUCUCAUCACCCUGUACCAUCUUGACGAAGACAUGCCCACUCUGGUCUGCCUCAGCUUCAACUCACUGGGCUCUGAUAAUUUUGCAUUCAAUAUAUCUUCCAGCGAAACACAGCUAGGUGAAGGAAUCUACCUCCGUGCUGUUACGAUCGGCUCUGCAGUGGGAGCAGUGGGGAUGGUGCUGGUGUGUGUCCCACUGCUGCUCUUUUGCAGGAAACGGAAAGGCAGCCAUUCACCCGACAAGGGUAUGGUGGACACUUCCGACUGUUUAGUUACUAAUGGGGUGAGUUUAUAAGAUGUGAUUUAUGACAAUAAAGCCAUUGUGGAAGGGGGAGGAGUAGCUGAGGAAGACCUUCUCCAGUAUGCAAAAGUGGACUUUGCUAAACUCCAGGCCAAAUCUCAGGGUAAGCUUGGGGAAGAGGAGAUCAGAGGCCUGGCCUCCAAGACGUCUGAGUAUGCUGAGAUCCGUCUGCAGUCCCGACAAAGCAAUGGAGACGCAACGGAAGAAGAGACAGUUGCUGACACUCAUUUGGGACGAGAGAAAGACACUGAUGGUCUUAUUGUAGACGACAAGAUUAAGGAUUAAGUAUGGGGGAAAUGCUAUUUGAAACAAAGGAUCCUGGACUUUAAACAGCUAGGAGACUUCACCAGAUCUCACUUUAGUUUUAUUACAGUCAGCUGAGCUCAAAAAGUCUGCAGCAGUGGAGGCAGAAACUGCACUGCAGGCAACUUAUUUAAAGUCAGUAAAACACACUGGUGGCUUCAAGGUUAUUUCUGAGCUUUUGUCACUGUAAUUUCGUUGGUUUCUCUUUACUGAAUAUAUGCAAAGCUAAACAAAAUAACCAUUAAAGGUAUUUUGAAUAAAUAUAGUAGGUAGUUACCCCACAAUCAACCAUAACAGCAAAUACUCCCUUCAAACUCACAACCUUUAUUCUUCUUUGUUCAAUACUAUAGAAAAAUCCUGCCACAUUUAAUUAUUGUUGAUAUUUAAUAUUUCAAUGCUUACUUUGUCAAUUUAUCAAAUAAAACCUUUUUGCAGAGGAAAGAAGCAGUUACACACUUUGUCUGACUUUUUUUUAUUGACAAUUUUGUAUUUAUUUUGUGUUAAAGUUCCAGCAUGUAGGAUUUAGUGGCAUCUAGACAUAAUAAUGUAGAACUGAAAUUUCUCCCAUAUGCAAACCACAAAAACACGAAUGGACCGAUCUCGAGUUUUUUAUUUGUCUGUUCUGGGCUACUUUAGAAAAACAUGGAGGACUUUGGGAAGAGGACCUACUCUGGCUGUAUGUAUAAAUAUACAGCUGGUACUAAGGUAAUGAAAACACAAUGAUUCUUAUUUUCAGGUGAUUAUAAACUAAUGAAAUAAUAAUUAAUAUUAAAUACCAUUUCCAUCAAUAGAUGCCCCUAAGCCCCACACACUGGACUAUAUGUAAAGGUUUGUGCUUGUUUAAAAAAAAAAGAAAGAAAGACAGACAUUCUUUCUGCUCUUUGGUUGGC